CUGGUUAGUAUAUUUUAUAAAACAAUAAUAGAAUAAACAUAUACUGGAGAGGGAGUAACAAAUGUUUAUAUACUAAUAACGUUUAUUUGUUUGUUUCAGGGCACUUCGGUUGUGUAUUUGAAGCAGUUUACGAAGACAGCGAACAUUACAACCCUUCAAAAGUAGCCGUGAAAACGUUUCAAGGAAAGGGCGCAGAUAUUCAGCACCUAGAUGAAUUCCUCAGAGAAGGAGCUCUGAUGACGUCAUUCCGCCAUGAUCACGUGUUGACAAUACUCGGGAUAUGCUUCGAAGUUGACGGCAACCCCAUGAUUAUAUUACCGUACAUGGCCAAUGGAGAUCUCAAAAAUUACAUCGAGAAUCCCAAGAAUGCACCUACAGGAAUACAGCUGCUGCAGUUUGGUUUGGACGUAGCCCGGGGGAUGGAAUACCUUGCUGAGAACAAAUUUGUCCAUCGGGAUUUAGCUGCUAGAAACUGCAUGCUAGAUGACCAGCUGCUCGCCAAAGUGGCCGAUUUUGGACUGACUCGCGACGUGUACACUACGGAAUAUUACAGCUCCAGAGACAAGCAGGCCAAGUUGCCGGUGAAAUGGAUGGCGCCAGAGUCCAUGGAAAGGAACGUUUACACUUUUAGAUCCGAUGUGUGGUCUUACGGCGUACUACUUUGGGAACUGUUCACUCGCGGUAAGGUACCGUAUCCUGGUGUGGAUGGAUGGGAUGUUCUACAGUUCCUUAAACUUGAAAGAAGAUUGGACCAACCCGACUACUGUCCUCAGCAAGUGUACCAGCUAAUGCUGAAGUGCUGGUCAUGGGAGCCAGAGGAGCGACCAGACUUCACCUCUAUUGUAACACAAAUAGAGGAGACAGUGAGAGUCAACACGGAAGUUGGUGGAGAACCUGAUCACAAUGAACGUGGGGAAGGGGAUGGUGAUUAUCAUGUGUACCUUGAAGUGUUCUAGGUACAAUGUAACAUAUGUAAAUAAUUUAGUCCAGUCGGUUUUUGGACAGUGCUUUUUAUUUGAUCUUUGCUAUGAGGAUGACGACAUAUGGAUUUGGUACAUUUUUGUACCUGCAUAUUUUCUCUCAGCUGUACGUUUAUUAAUGAUCUAUAGAAAUCAAUUGCGUGACCACAUUAUAUUGUAUUGGGCAAUUAAGAAAUAAUUGGGACGGCUGUUUCCACGCUUGCUGAAUUUUGGUGUUCUUUGGGCUCUGGAUUAUCACCAGGUGCAUGGAAAGUAAGAGUGCAUUCAGAAAAGAUGAUCCGCGGACUAACUGAGGCAGUUGAAAAAGGAAACAGGCUAAGCUUGGCAUAUCAAGCCUUGUUUUGGGGCAGGGGCUUUGUUGGAUUUUAAAGAUGCAUAUGGACUCAAUUUUGGGUACUUCGUGGUUUAUAUAUGUCACCACACGGUUUCAAAUAAUAUGGUAACUUAGAGGAAUACCAAAAUAAUUCCUUUCAUAUUACCCGAAAGAUGAUAUUUGAACUGGUUUUUGCUGCUUGCUUCCUAUGUUAUAUAUGAACGUGACAUAUAAGUUGGUCAGCUGAGUAGGUUUUACAACCAAAAAAUUAAGGAAGGUGUAGUUUAAAGUUAUUCAUGGCUGAACGAGUGUUUAAUUCAGUUCAUGCCUUGGUAUGAUUGUCAACUUCAUUUGAUUCGUACAAGAAUCUUAAAGGAGUUGUUCAUAUAUGUUACUGGGAAUCCAUGUCCCAGUUCAAAUGUACCUUUAACGCACUUCACUUUUCAUACAUUAUGGUGUACAUGUACUUAACGUUGGGUGACGAAUAA